AUGUUGUUGGAAACGCUCUCAUACGGGGUCGGCCUGUACCACUCUGGUUUGUCUGCUGCUGAACGUCUGCUGGUGCAGCAGCUGCACUCCAGCGGGGCCAUUCAAGUUGUUGUUGUUGCGGAGGAAUCUGCAUGGGGCCUUCAGAUGAGCUCCCAUCUGGUUGUUGUUGUCGACACCAAACGAUUCACGGAGAACGGGUACGAAGACUACCCCAUUGCAGACGUGCUGCAGAUGUUGGGCCGGGCGACUCGCCCUGGUAUCGACAAGCAUGGACCACGUCAAUGCUGA